CAACAGAUCUCCAAGCUUCGCACACCACCUGUCAGUGAUGACUACCGAUAGAAGAGCAGAGAAGUUGGCUCACGGCGGUCUACUGAAUCUGUUCGCUGCUCAGGAGUUGAAGGCACGUCAGGCGUUGUCUGAUGAUGAACUAGCACUGGGGCUGACUGAACACACUGAUGGUCCCUUUUGCCCUCCCGCUCCCAGCUGCCCCAAUCCACCCAGUCGCUACAGAAGUUUCGGGGGCGAAUGCAACAACCUGCAAUCUUCCACUUGGGGCGCUGUCCACACCGGCUUCGAGAGACUGCUGCCACCAGACUACAGUGAUGGCAUCUGGAAGAUGCGAGUGUCAUCAUCAGGCAGUCCAUUGCCCAGCGCUCGCGCCGUCAGCAACAUCCUGGUGUUGGACGGAAGCCAUCCGAGUGCCACCCACAAUCUGAUGUUCAUGCAGUUUGGACAAUUUAUAGCCCACGAUACAAGUGCUGGAACAGUAUUUACUGUAGGCAACGGCAGUGCUUUAUCCUGUUGCACUCCCCACGGCGAGGAGUUCCUUCCUCCAGAGUCCCAGCACUGGGCAUGCGCUCCCAUAGCGUCGGGGCCAGAAGACAACUUCUAUGGACAGUUCCGGCUGCAAUGUCUGAACUUCGUGCGAGCUCAAUUGGCUCCGGCCAGUGACUGCUCCGUUGGAUACGCUAAGCAGAUGAAUGGCGCAACUCACUUUCCUGAUUUGUCUCACUUGUAUGGAAGUUCUGAAGAGAAGGUGGGUCUGUUGCGGGCUCCCGGUGGUCUUCUCAAAGUGUUCCAAGACUACGGACGAGAACUUCCACCAUUGACAGAGAGAGAAGAAUGUCUGACCGUUAAGGAGGGAGCGGCUUGUUUCGAAUCUGGGGACAGUCAUGGCAACCAGAUUAUAUCGCUAACAGUCCUCCACACUCUUUGGACUCGGGAACAUAACAGGAUAGCCAGAGCUCUGUCUCGUCUUAACCCUGAGUGGGAUGAAGAGAAGAUAUACUUGGAAGCGCGCAGAAUUGCUCAGGCUGAGUUCCAGCAUAUUUUGUACAGCGAAUGGCUACCAUUGCUCUUAGGUUCUCAAUUGGUCCAAACGUUCGGUUUGUACCCUUCGCCUGGGUACUGCUCGUCGUACGAGCGCCAGGUGAACCCCUCGCUGACGGCAGAGUUUUCUACCGCGGCCAUGCGUUUCGGACAUUCCGUCGUCGAUGGAAAGCUCACGAUUCCUAACUUGAAAUCUGGCAAUGUGUACGAGACCAUCUUCAUUCCGGAGGUGAUGUUCCAGCCGUCCAGGCUUCGUGUGCGGCCGUUCUUGGACCGAAUGAUCGCGGGUUUGUCCUGGCAGCCCAUGCAGACAGUCGACCCAUUCGUCACGGAGGGGUUGACUCGCUACUUAUUCCACGGUGGGAAUCCGUUCGGCAUAGACCUGGCGGCUAUCAACAUCCAGCGCGGCCGCGACUACGGCGUUCGCGCUUACAAUCAAUACCGACGUCUGAUAGGGCUGGAACCGCUCACCAGCUUCGACCAAUUCUCGCCCAACGCAGCUCAACGACUAGCCUCCGUGUACGAAAGUCCAGAAGAUAUAGACCUAUGGGUAGGAGGGUUACUAGAAGAACCCAUGGACGGGGCAGUGGUGGGAAUCACCUUCGCUCACAUCCUCGCCGACCAGUUCUCCCGGAUCAAGAGAGGCGACCGCUACUUCUACGAGAACGGACCUGAUGUGAACCCUGGAGCUUUCACGCCAGGUCAACUAGCAGAGAUAAAGAAAGUGACUCUCUCAAGAAUAAUAUGUGACAACAAAGAUGGAAUUGAGUUAUUUGCACAACCACCGAACGCAUUCGUAAGAGCCGAUUUACCAGGGAACGAGCCUGUGCCCUGUGACAGUCUUAUUAUACCUGCUAUUGACCUCAGUAGAUUCAAAGAAAUUUAAUCAUUAUCUCCCAUAAAUUCAGUAUAAAAUGUUUUACACCUAUAUCAUUGCGAAAUUUAAUGUUUAAAGUCAACGAUUUUUCAACAGAGUUAUUUUAAAGUCUAUGAUCGCUAUAUCCAUCAAUACAUACUUCAGCUUUUAUUUUAAGUAUUCACUUCUUUGGCUGGUUUUGUGUCGUUGUUACUUUAGUUACGAUUAUUAAGUUGAAAUUUAUUAGUAUGCACCUCUUACUAUCUCUGUAUCUAUACUUUCUUUUCUUUUCUUUAUCAACUGAUUCAGAAUUACAAUUAUUUGCUUCUAUUGCAAAAGUGAUCAUUAUUUUAUUUCCAAUUGCAAUUGAUUAUGCACGUUUGUCACCUUUUACGAUAGGAUCGAUUUUUGUAAAAUCACAUUAUUCAAUCGUAUUUCGAUUUUGUUACAACACAAAUCUUUUGUCUUUUGAUUCUUACUUUUACUAAUAAAUAACACAUCAUUUAGGUUGUCAUUGAUGCCCGAACAAUGAUAGUCUAGAUGUCUAGUGAAGAAAAAGUCUGAAGAUUUGUGUUGAUAGCAAAUUUGAUUUAACUAAUGAAAUAACUGAACAUGAUUGAUGAAUUUACUUUAUUACUUCUAUUUAUUUCAAUAGCACGAAUGGAUUUCAACUUAAUUUGGUUAUUAGUGAAAGUACCCGAAUCAAUGAUUUUUUUUAAAGAAAAAAUCCAGGAUUCAGGAGUUAUUUUGAUUGUUUUAAGUGAAUACUGAACAUAGAAGUGCUUGUUGAUAUAAAUAUAAAAUGAUGUUUGAACGAUUUAGAAUUCAUUUGAAUUGAAUGGGAACAAAAGGGAGAUAUUACCAACAUAUUAUGUCUCAUUUGUCACAGUAAAUAUAAUUAAAUAAACUUCUGCAGGGCGGUAAAGUUUAUUGUGCAAUAAUAUUAAUAACGCUAUAAUAAUCUUCUGUAUUAAACAAGAAUAAAUCAUUAGCUUAGGUUAAAAUCAUUAACAUUAAAAUAAAGUCUACGUUUUACGUCAAUGUUUAUUCCCCUCGAAAAUGGCAUAGUAUAGUUUGCAUGUGAUAAUUUAAGUGCAUUUGAUUAUAAUUUAAUAUUAUUUUUAAUAUAUUGAUGAUAUCAACUUUGUGCUUAUAUCAUAAUAGUAUAAAUUGAUUCAUAAAUCAUGAAUGUAGAUAUUUUAAUCACAAAUUAUUUGUAAUAUAGAUUGUUAUACUGAUGUGAUGUAGAAAAUAAACAGGAGCUCC